AUGCUGAUUCCGCGCUCUGCGAUCCUAGCCCUGGUAUCUUCCUCUCUGGCGCUCGGUGCUCCUGGCCUUCGCCGCUCAGAUACUAGUCGACCCCAUCGCUGUGUUGUCCCGUCUUCCAAUGGCACAGCGGACGAUACCCCGGCUGUGCAGAAAGUCUUUGCUCGAUGCGCUAAAGACUCGGUCGUUGUCUUCAAGGAAGGCGUCGACUAUAAUAUCUUCACGCCCGUCAGCGUCACGAACCUGAGCAAUGUCGAGAUUCAGGUGAAUGGCAACCUCCACCUCCCUCAAAGUAUUGCCGAAGUUCAAAAGGUGGUAAACCGCACAAAUAGAGUUACCUACGCGGAUGGCCAGCACUGGUUCACCUUCCAGGGACCCAAGAUUGACUAUAUCGGCUCUUCGGAUGUCAACAAUGGCUGGAUCAACUCUUACGGCCAGGCUUGGUGGGAUGCGAACCCAGUCAAUGGCACGGGAAUUGACUCUCGUCCACACCUCAUGAGCUUCAAGACAACGAAUGGUUCAUUGAAGUACUUCAAGUCUCGUAAACCCAUCGCUUGGAAUGUCCAGGUGGAGGGAGACGACAUUGAAGUCAGCCACGCUUUUAUUGACGCCGAGUCCACCGGAUCAUUCCCGUUCAACACUGACGGAUUUGAUGUUACUGGCACGAACGUCCGCAUUACCGACAGUGUGAUAUACAACGGAGACGAUGCCAUUGCAGUCCAAUCAGGAUCUCACAACGUGGUCUUCGAACGGAACACCAUCGGCUACCAGAGCCACGGCAUGAGCAUUGGAUCACUAGGUCAAUCCCAAGAUGAAUUCGCAAACGUCUCCAACAUCCACUUCGAAGAUGUCACUGUCAUCGAUGCAGUCUACGGUGCACGUUUCAAGUCCUGGAUGGGUGGCCAGGGCCUCGCCAAGAACAUCACCUGGAAGAACAUCCGCGUGUACAACGUGACUUUCCCAAUCUUCGUGACGCAGAGCUAUCUCAACCAGGGUUCUUCCCAGACACAACUCGGCGAUGGCCAAACUACUGGACGUGUCAAUAAUGCCUCUGUCGUGAUGGAGGACUUCUCCUGGACGGACUUUACAGGUACUAUCAAUACUUUCCGUCCCGGUGAUGGAUCCUGCGCGACAGAUCCCUGCUGGUAUGAUGUUGGGCUUCCCAAUCUUAAGCACACUGAGGCUGUCAUUAUCGAGUGCAAUACCGACAAGUCCUGCAAAAACUUUGCCUUGAAAAACAUUCAAUUGAUUCCGCAAAGUAUGGAGGCCCCCACUGCGGUCUGCAUCAAUGCUACUUCAGCACUCAACCCCAACUUGGGCUUCGACUGUCGCAAUGGGACAUUUGUUCCUUCCUGA